GCGGUAUGUUAAGCUCAGACCACCACUGAGCCGCGGCGAUCCCAAAAGAUUUGGGACUUGAACGGCGGGCUGCAUCAUUGUGCUCUCCACGUAUUUCGUGUUGUUCACAACUCGCUGCUUUUGUGCGGCACCUCCGCCCAUGUCUAUAUGCUCCAAUUCCGUCCGAGCAUUGUCGCGCUCUCGAGUUUCGCCAAGUAAAACGCUCCUUCCGUUCCUGUACCAGACACCAACGAUCCAGCAAUGGCAGUCCGCCACACGACCAAUUGCUCGCCGCAACAUACACUCGCGAUCGCGCUCGUACGUCAGUGAGGACAUUCCCUUCGAGGAUGAUGCAGAUCUACCACCUGUUGUCGAUCAACAACCUCCCAGAGAGACUACCAUAACACGCACCGAGCGGGCUGUGUUCCAGAAGUUGUAUAGGACGUUUGAUAGUGAAGGGCGUCAGCAGAAGAAGAAGAAGGACCAUGCAGUGGAACCCGACCAAACAUCAGAAGAGCAACAUGAAGAUAAAGAAGAUAUCUCAAGACCCUCGCUAGACAAGGUUUUCGACGAAGUGCUGAAAGGCGAACCGCGACUGCGGGCAUUGCGUACACAGAGGACGAGGACUCGGUCUACCAAGCAAGAUGCCGCAGAUGUAGAGGUGGGCAAGGCGCAGAGUAGCAAGAAGAAAGGCUUGAGUGUGGAGGCGGCAAAACUCAAAGAAAUGCGUCUAGCGGAACAAGAGCGAAUCGACAAUCUCAUACGCAAUGCCCCCACAGACCGCGCCCUCUGGCAAACCCUCGAACGCGAGGUCUUCACCAAAGUACGCGAUCUCGAUCUCGACAACGCCAGCAGCGGCGCAUCGAAGAAGUCGUCCGAAGCAAAAACUGCUCACAAACCCUCCCCACCCUCCACCGAUGCACGCAUCCUCUUCCACAACUACCCCCACCACCUCAUAACCGCCGUCUCGACCCUGCGCACCGAAUUCCCCGCCUCUCCCCUCCCCUUCUCCAUCCUCCCCACGAUCAAAAAGCUCGGCCGCUCCUCGCACGCCCUCGGCGCAACAACAACCCUCUACAAGCACCUAAUCCGAACGGCAUGGAUCCAGCAAGCCUCCUAUACAACGAUCAACAUGCUGCUCAAAGAAAUGGACGACAACGCCAUUGACUUCGACACCGACAUCCUCGGCCUCCUAGACGCAAUAAUCAAAGAACACAAUCAAGCGAGGAGUGGUGGGCUGGGCAAGGGAAUGGCGCUGUUGUACGGCAUGGAGAUGUUCGUUGAUGGCCUUGCGAAGAUUACUACAUGGAGGAAUGUGGUGGCGGAGAGAUUGGGGUUGAGGAGUGAGGAGAAGAGAGCGAGUAGCACGAUUGUUAGGAAGACGACUAGGUCGGAUGAUAAGACUUGGAAGGGCGUCAGUGGGUGGUGGAAGAAAGAUGGUAGUGCACAGGGGCCUGGGUCUGGGCCGUGCGAGAAGGCUGGCGCGCAGGAAUAUAUGCCGCUUGUUGAGGGCGUGAAUCCGGGUGCGGAUGGGUCUUUUCCGGAGACGACGGCUGUAAAGGACGGUGAGAGGGUCGACUCCUUCGAAGACGCGGUUCCAGCGAGCGAGGAGCCCGCUCCCGAACAGCCGGAAAGAGACGAGCGCGCCGAUAAUAAACGCGCAGAAGUAUUAGUGUAGCAUCAUCAUGUACAAUACAUUGUAUUGUCACUCCAAACACAAAU